AUGGGAGUACCCGAAAAGUACUGGGUAGAGUUUGCAGUCUACAAGUUUGAAGGGCAAGCAAGUACUUGGUGGAAGCAGACUAUGAGGCUGCAUGAUGUGAGCACCAUGACGUGGGAAUUAUUUGAAGAACUUUUCAAUGAACGGUACUUUCCUCAAAGCUACCGCGACAAGAAAGCGAUGGAAUUUAUGGGGUUAGAACAAGGAGAUAUGACCGUGAAGGAGUACAAGGCUAAGUUCAAUGACCUAUCCCGUUUCGCACCAACCUUAGUCGAAUAUGAGCAAAUGAAGUGUCACAAAUUUGAAAAGGGUCUCAAAAGCAAUGUCCAAAAAUCGUUGGUAGCCCUUAGAAUUCGUGUCUACCGAUACUUGGUGGCUUCAGCGAUAUCAGUUGAGCAAGAUAACUUGGCCUAUCCCCAAACUAGAGAAGCUAUGAACAGAGCUUCAGGAGGACCUCAGCGGAAUCAAAGAAGGAACCGCAACCGAGAGCAAGCCAGUGGGGAAGCGACAAGUGGGAGCAGUGGUUCUUCAGGAAGCGGAGGAAGUGGUUCCCAAUGA